AUGGAAGGGCAUGGGGCGCGACGGGGGGAAGGACGGCGGGAGGCGCAGGGGGGAGGGGGGUUCCAGGACCCCGACAUGGGGCAAUUGGGGAGGGGAGGGGUGGGGGACACAUGGGGGGAAGAAGCAUCGGGGAGAGAGGCAUGGGGGGGCAUGCGGGGAGAGGGGGGAAGGGAGGGGUGGCGGCAGGAGGAGGAGCGUGACAGGGGGGAGGUGAGGGGGGAAGGGAGGGAUGAACGCCCUUCUAUUGUUCAUCCUGUUGUGCCUCGCGCUCCUUCAUAUCCCCGUCUUCCUCCCCCUUAUUUCAGUGCCCUUCCCGCCACCCAAUCUCCCCUUAUGCUUCCCCCCGAGGCCCGCUCAUCGUCCCCCCUUCCGCCUCCUUCGCCGGCCCCCCAUCCCCAUAGCAAACAUAUUUCCGACAGUCAUGCGGCGGUGGUUGAAAAGUCUGAGUCUGAAAAGCGAUGCUUCUCCCUGAAUCAUACUGCUAAUAUGUCCGAUACUCCUGUUUUUGAGACUUCGCAAGACGAUUCUCGCCCUUCUUUGAAUUGUCAAGCGCGUGGGGGAGCGGAUGAGCGGGGAGCGGGGAGAGAGAGGGAGAGGGGGUGUGAGACACGGGCCGAGGAGGAAGUGGGGGAGGAGGAGGGGGAGGAGGGAGGGGAGGAGUGGGAGAGUGAGGAGGAGAGUGAGGAGGAAGGGGAGGAGGUGGAGAAGGGGAGGACAGUGGGGAAUGGUAACCCUGUUUCUGCUGCUGCUGCUGCUGCUGUUGGUGGUGGUGCUGCUGCUAGUGCUGCUGUUAGUGCGGCUGGUGGGGCUGGGCACGGGGAUGGGGACACGUGUCAGUCAGGGGGUGGGGGAGCGUCAGAGCGUGGGGGAGCGUCAGAGCGUGGGGGGGAGUCAGAGCGUGGGGGGGAGUCAGAGCGUGGGGGGGAGUCAAGACAUGGGGGAGAGUCAAUGCAUGGGCGAGCGGCGAGUAUGGAUCUCAACAAUCCACCCAAGACACGACCUCCUAAUCAUGUCAACCCCCUCCCACCAGUUCGCCGUCCCAUACCACCUGAGAACACACCUGAUCUGCGCAGAAACACACCUGACCUGCUCAGGAACACACCUGAGCUGCGCAGAAACGCACCUGACCUACGGGAAAGCACACCUGAGCUUUCGCCUGAAGACCUGGCCAUGUUCCAUUCCUUUGCCCACUUUGAAUCCACGCUCCCGCCGAGCCUCAGUCAUCCGAGCCUCCGUUCCUCCGAGCCUUGGUCUGGUGGAUUGGCACGAACCGUCAAUGCUGCAGCAAAGGCAGGGGGGGUGGAAGCAGCAGGAGAGGAAGCAGGUGCAUCAGGAGCAGCAGAUUUUGCAGGGGACACGUCAGGAGGGAAGGAAGCUUCGAAGCUAGCAGCGAGAAUGAGAGUCCGGUGCUUAAGAAGAGACGAAGGAGAGGAGGGAGAUGAGGGAGAGGGGGGAAAUGCGGAACAGACAGAGGUGGAGAGGGAGAAGGAGGAGGGAGAGGAGGGAGAGGAGGAGUUGCCUGAAAUGGGUACAAUUCCGAAUCUACCCGAGAAGUGGAGGCUCGUGUCAAGGCUCGGCACUAGGCUGAGCCUGAUCGAGGACCGAGGCUCGGGCCAGAGGUUCGUCGUGCAGCGGCUGGAGGUUCGGGAAGUGACGCGGGAAGAGGCUCAGAACGCCCAGCAGGAGAGGAGAGGAAGCAGAGGAGCGGAAGGGGGAGAGGGGGAGGGGGUUGAGAGGAAGAGGCAAGAGGGUGUGGAGGGUGGGAAGGUGCGUGAGCUUCAGAGGAAGGUGGUGCCUUGCAUAGGUGCCAUCCGAGCCAACCCUGCUGCCGCUGGUGCUGCUGCUACGGCUAUAAAUGCCAAGGGAGCAGCUCCUGGUGCUACCGCUUCCCCUCAUGGGGAGUCUGGGUGUGAGCGUGCAUCGGUGGUGGUGUUUGCGGCCUUUGAGUUUGUGCCGUCGCCGCCGCUCUCCCACCAGCUGCAGGAGUGCGGGCCCAUGCCGGAAGAUACCCUCGCCUUCUGCCUCCGACAGCAGCUGCAGGACUGCGCGCCCAUGCCCGAAGAUACCCUCGCCUUCUGCCACAGACAGGUGGUCGAGGCCCUUCACUCCCUGCACACACACGGCAUCUCCCACGGCAACGUCCGCCCCUCCACGGUCUUUGUGCCUGAUGAUGGGGUCGUGCGCCUGGGCGGCAUCGCUUGGCUAGACUCCGACGGGCACGGGGACCGCCGGGUGGCACGCCUCUCUCCUGAAGCCAUCCGAGAGGAAGUGGAGGGGGCGGCAUCUGAUGUAUGGGCGUUGGGGUGCCUUGCUGUGGCCAUGGCUACUGGAGCAGAGCCGUGGGCUGAUAUCACAGACAGCGAGCAGGUGAAGCUAUUCAUUGCUCACAGUCGAGACCUACCUGAAUUCCCACCUGAUUCGUCACCUGAAUUCACAGACUUCGUUGCAUCCUGCCUGAACCGCGACCCUUCAAAGAGGCCAACAGCUGAAGCCCUCGUGAGCCAUCCUUUCCUUGCAGCGCCAUAG